AUGGCGGAGAACCAAGGCAGCUGUGACCUUGACCUCGAUGGCAGCUUUCUCGAGGGCUUAACCCCUUUAAUUAAGAGAUACACAUACCAUGGAAAGUCGCAAUUCUUUGAUAUUCUCGGAGCUGAAUCCGCUCACUUCGAAUCCUCGAUUGACAUAAGCGAAUUCCUCCUCUUUUACGCAAGUAAAGAGACCAUCGAAAACAUUUUCGAUCCUUGGAACGAAGACGAAGACCCUUCUAUCUCAAAGCUUUGCACUUCAUUUGAUACAACAGAACAACUCCUCCUGAUCACUAUUCCUUCAUUCCCACACUCUGCAGCAGCGGAUGUCGUGAACACUACGAUUCUCCAGACCCUGAUACCAAUGGGGUUGAUCACUGCUCUCCGCGGAUAUCCGGGUGCAACAGUCGAAGGGGCGGACCGAGGAAAACAACCCAAUUAUGGCUGGGGACCCAAAAGAAGAGUGCCUGGUCAACCCCGCGGACCGUCUAUUACUCUUCAAGUUGCGUACUCAGCAUCGGACUUGAAGUUGACCUCUGAUGUCCGAUUUUGGUUGAACCCUGAUUACGGCAAUGCGAACAUCUGCUUGACACUGCGGAUCGAUAGAUCUCGACCGGAAAUCCGGAUCGAAAAGUGGGAAAGACAAAACAACAAAGCCCAUCGCUCCCAGGUCAUCUGGGUUACUAAACAAGGGCGCCAGCUAAAAGUCACUGACCACCCUCUUCUUAUUCCCUUUGAAAGCCUGUUCCGUUACCAGUCAACUUGCCCAAGGGAGAAAGAACUCGAGAUCUCACAACAGCAACUGGAGGAAAUUGCGACGACGAUUUGGGACGUGCAGUGGGACCAGGAGGGCUGGUAG